AUGCCCCUUCCCGAGCCGACCCCCCUGCCAGAGCCAACCCCUGUGUGUGAAGCCGCUGAUGAAGCUUUGGGGGAGGGGGGUGAUGUGGAUCAGGGCUCGAAGAAGCCCAAGGUGUCGAAGAAGAAGAAGUCGAGAAAGGCUGGAAAAAAGGGAAAGGCCAAGAAGGGAGGGUUGCCAAAACUCAGGAAGCUCGAGGCCAAGGAGGACCUGGAGGCUGAGAGUGGGGAGGAAAAUCAGGAGGAUGAUGAGGUUCCGAAGGCCGACGAAACUAUCAGGGGCACGGAGGAAUACAACAGGGAGAUUCAACAGUUGAUCGAUGAAAUCGAUGACCAGGUCGCUGGUGAUAAAGGACAUGAAAACGCUGUGGAAGGGGAGGGUACGCCGCUUGAGACGACCGAGGCCCCCAAACGCAGGCACUCCAAGAAGCGACCUGCGAGCCCGUUGCCAGUGGGUGGUGAUGAGGGCAUGAAUGAACAGGUUUGGGACCAGGAUGCCCAGCCCAGUUUCGAGGAGUCUUGCAUGGACCUGGAGGUAGCCGAGAAGCAGAUCGAAGCCACCAACCCCAACCCGGAUCUUGCAGACACUGUGGUGAAUGGUCCCGAAAGCUCUGUCUCCCAGCUGAUGGAAUCGUUGGGGGCCUCUGCCUCUCAAGUCAGCAGCAACACUGACUUCGCUUCGUUGCUGUUGAUAGUUGGCAACUUGCAAAAGCAGUUAGCUGCUGCAAAGUCUAGACAAGAAGCCACAGCAGCGUUGCCUCCGCCUGCAGAGCCAGUGUUGCCCCCGCCCGUGCCCAGCCAGGAGGAAGCUCCUUGUGCUGACGAGGAGCUGGAUGAAGAAGUAGCCUUGGAUUCAGAGCAGGAGGAGAUGGCCGAUUGUGAAGCGACUGAGGAAGUGGAGUCUGAAGCAAAGAGUGCUUCUGAGGCUAAGUCAAAGCAAAAGGCCCCUGUGAAACCUGUGGCCACCCCUGUGAGGAAUGCAGAUUUGAUGGAGAGGCUACACGCUGUUAGGGGGCCUGCUGGGACGAACCCCUCCCUACCCAGUAGCAGCUCGAAAGCUCCCUCCCAGUCCGUUGCUGCAAGCGCAGCACCCCCACCCCGACCGGUGCCUGCAGUGGAGCCCACCCCGACCAUCAACUCUGGCACGCGCGAGAGAGAGUACAUGCGCCUCGAUCGCUUGAUCAAGAGUGGUACAGUGAAUGCCACAGCCUAUCCUUCGAUGCAUGCCCUGGCCAAUGGCACGCACAAGGACCCAACAUUUACGGAGUAG